GAAGCAAAGGCCUUAAAGAGAAAACCACCAUCUCCAUAUAUAUCCCAUCGAGCACCACCAUUAUCUCCAUCAAAGCGAGUCAAAAAGCAGAAAGUUGAAGCUUUUGCAAUGGGCGGGCAAGAUGCGAAACCCAUUGAAGAACCCACAACUUCGUCCAAAUCCAGUUCCGAUCCUGUUUCUGCAGAAGCACCCAAUCUUCAUCAUUUCCCUUCCUGGUUCACUCCUAAAAGGUUGCUGUUUGUAUUCUGUGUGAUCAAUUUAAUAAAUUAUUUGGACCGUGGAGCCAUAGCGAGCAAUGGAGUCAAUGGGAGUCCCAGAAUUUGUACUAAAAAUGGAUCAUGUUCAUCUGGCACUGGAAUUCAGGGAGACUUUAACUUGACAAACUUUGAAGAUGGUGUUGUGUCGUCUGCUUUUAUGGUCGGGCUCCUUGUGGCAUCGCCAAUAUUUGCAUCCCUUGCCAAAAGAGUCAAUGCAUUCAGGCUUAUUGGAGUAGGAUUGUCAGUAUGGACCCUUGCAAUUGUGGGAUGUGGAUUAUCACUUAAUUUUUGGACCGUUAUGAUUUGCCGCAUGUUUGUUGGCGUAGGUGAAGCUUCAUUCAUCAGUCUUGCUGCUCCAUUUAUUGAUGAUAAUGCACCUCCUUCUCAGAGAACAGCAUGGCUUGGCAUAUUUUACAUGUGUAUACCAACUGGAAUUGCACUUGGCUAUGUAUAUGGUGGAUUGGUUGCGAGCCAUCUAAGUUGGCAUUGGGCUUUCUGGAUUGAAGCCGUUUUGAUGCUCCCUUUUGCUAUUUUUGGUUUUGUGAUGAAACCAUUGCAACUGAGAGGGUUCUCUUCCACUGAAUUAAAAAAAGAGUUGAUUUCCGAAGCUGCUUCUGGUUGCGGAGAAAAUGUUACUACCAAUGCCAAAGAUGAUUCGUUGACCAAAAGAGAGUUCCAAGACACUUCUGAAGUGUCUAGGCCAAGGCGCAACAACUGUGUUAGUUCAGAUCAGUUUGUCGGAUUUUUCAAAGACAUGAAAGCUCUUUUGUCAGAAAAGAUUUUUCUUGUGAACGUCUUAGGAUAUAUAGCGUAUAAUUUCGUAAUCGGCGCAUAUUCCUACUGGGGACCUAAGGCUGGUUACAGCAUCUACCAUAUGAGGAAUCCAGAUAUGGUGUUUGGCGGUUUAACAGCUAUAUGUGGAAUAUUGGGAACACUUGCAGGCGGAUUUGUUUUGGACCGUAUGACUUCUACCUUGUCCAAUGCCUUUAAGUUUCUAUCCGCAGCCACGUUCUUUGGGGCCAUAUUUUGCUUUGCCGCCUUUUUCUUCAAAAGCUUAUACGCUUUUAUAGCUUUCUUUGCCAUUGGAGAGCUGCUCGUGUUUUCCACUCAGGGUCCCGUAAAUUUUGUUUGCUUACAUAGUGUGAAACCCAGUUUGAGACCAUUAUCCAUGGCCAUGUCCACGGUCUCCAUUCACAUUUUCGGAGAUGUUCCUUCUUCUCCUCUUGUUGGGGUACUCCAGGACCAUGUAAACAAUUGGAGGAUUACCGCGUUGAGUUUGACAUCCGUUUUGUUCGUUGCAUCCUUCGUAUGGUUUAUAGGGAUCUUUCUUCAAAGUGUGGACAGAUUUAACGAAGCAAUCGGGCAUUCUGUCCCUACAUUGGAUAAGUCUAACACAAAGCCCCUCGAAGAAAAGACAACGAAAGUAGUAGAUACUUGUGUUGAGCCAUAGCUGCUGGUUGCAGGAAGAAGAAGAAAGAAAUAAUAUAUAACUGUACAGUCUGCAGGGGAUUGGGUUCUUUUGUUAGGUGACGUUGUUAUAACACCGCAUCGCGUUCUUCAUUUUUUUUGUUCCAAUUUAUUUUGGUUCAAAUUUCGAACAAUCGAUAGUUCGAUA